AUGAAGCAGUCAGCUUCUGUCGUGCCCAAGCGGCCAUCAAAGUUCACAAGAAACUUCCGGGCCAAGACGCGAUGGCAUCCACCUUUGAGUCAUCCGGCCAGACAGAUCCGUCUUCUGUACAUGUUCUCAGGGCUUGAAGGCGAUGAUUUGGAAUUCGAGCUGACGGCCUGGGAUCUUGAGACUGCGCCCGACUAUGUGGCAAUCUCAUACACCUGGGGCGAGAACAGGGACCACAAGACGGUGUAUAUCAACGGCAGGCCACGCGAGGUAUGGCCGAAUUGUCACUAUGCCUUGUGGCAGGUACGUUUACACCAUCCAGGCUCAUACAUCUGGCUAGACUCCAUUUGUAUCGAGCAGGACAAUCUUGGUGAGAAGAGCCACCAGGUGGCAAUGAUGGGUGACAUUUACAAGCGUGCUGCCUUCACCUGUGCAUGCAUUGGUCCUGCUGCGGAAGAUGGUCAUGAUUUGCUGGCAGACUUCAUCUCUCAAUUAGGCCAAGUUAAGCUUGAGUACGAGGACAUCAGAAAGCAUCCAGGUUUCGAUUCAUCUUUCGGAGAAGAGAGUGAUGGUAGUGUCGAUGUCCAGGAUCCUACUGAGCCAAUUGAGCAGUUCUGUCAACAAUGGAUCUUACGACACCGUCAGCAAGACAUAGUCGCCCUGGCCGGAGAAAUGUUUGCUUUCCUUUCCCGCCCAUACUGGCAAAGAGUGUGGAUCAUGCAAGAGAUUACGCUUUCAAAGUCCGUCUCCAUCCUCUUUGGGAGGGAGGUCAGAUCCUGGCAAGCUGUAAGAAGACUACCCUGGCUGCAUCACUACACGAUCCCCGUCGAGCACAGUCCCGACAUCGAACGAUUCUCGCGCCUUGUAUGGUUGGUCUUUGACAAAGUCGUCCCGCUUGAGGACUUUGCCAGAACUAUCAACGGGUUUCAGUGUUAUGAUCCCCGUGAUAAGAUCUAUGGUCUCCUUAGCAUGUACCAAUUUGAGGAAGAGGAACACACCAUCACGCCCGACUAUACACGGACGACGCUGCAAUUAGCAUGCAGCAUGGCGACGCAUGUGUACUGGGGACAGCUCGGCCGCAUGUUACAGCUUCUAGAAGUGACAAUGAAUGAUCCGGGAAUGACUGCACUAGUACAACAGAGACAGCAAGCUCCUGCGUUGAUCUUGAAAAAUCCAUCGAAAAGACGAAGCUUUCGACCUGAGAAACUUCAGUGUCUGAAGGUCGGUUCUGAUCGCAAAGGACGUCUGACGUGUUCUUUGUGGCAGGACUCUCGCGUGAUGAAUCCAACCCAUUUGGCCUUACAAGAUCAGAUGCUGAACAAGCUCAGACGAUUGAACACCGACCACGCCGCUGCUAGAACAUGUCAAGGCGAUUCGGACCCUCGCGCGAUCUAUCAUAAGAACAAGAUCGUAGCCGUGGGGUGCAGCGAGCUGCAAGAAGGCGAUUUCAUCACUGCGAACGAGUACGUUCUCGCAAACCAUUUCCUGGUGCUGCGACCAGUGAACGAAGACAAGUUCAAGAUCCUCGGUCAGGGAUUCAUGAUGCCCGGUGUUGAAGCAUGCCGCUACGACGACCAAAGUCCUUAUGCGGAUAUCAAAGACUUGAGUGCAUGUACGUGUGGUAUCGAGCAUAAUGUACUGCGCACAUGGGUCGAGGUCGACUUGAGUGAUGAGGACGCUGUGGUGUUGGCUGGCCAGGAUCUAUUGUCUGGCCAGAUGCUGGAGUAUGAUGUCGACGCGCGAUUUAGUCGGCUCGCUACUAGAGUCAGCGAGAGGGACAAUCCGAUGGUUUACAUCGUUCCUUUUGACCCGUUGGAGCUCGUGCUUGCGGAGAGAGGACUGCGAUGA